AUGACCGUAACCAAUCAUCUCCACCACCCCGACUAUCUCUCCGCCUGCGAAUCCGGCGAUCUCGAAACCGUCAGAGCGAAUAACCGCGAAGACCUAGCUAUGUGGGAGGUGUUCGUCAAGAAUGGGUGGGGUGUUAAUACCACCGAGUUCGAGGAUGAGACGGCACUUCAACUUUCCGUCGGCAAACUACCCAUCAUGAACUUUCUUCUCGCCCACAGCGCCGACCCAAACCUCCUCUCCGUCCCCGGCCGCCUGUGCCGCGCUCCCUCGGCCCUCAUCACAGCCUCCGUCAUCGAAGGCCAACCCGGCGACAACGCCAUUCGUACCCUUUUUAGCCCACGGCGCGAAAUUGGAGCCCAGCGCCAUCCACCACGCUAUCAAACCCAGUUGCAAGUGGCGCAAGGACAAAGAACACCGCGAACGCAACUGCGCGGAGAGAGUCAGACUUCUGAUCGACGCUACAAAAAAGACGGAUAA